GAAGGUGUGGCGUUGGUCGAGGGGAGGAGGCCGGUCGCAAGUCGUUGCCUAUGUUCAAGACAGUCACUGGAAAUACUUGACGGAACUUUCCUCGCGUCUUUUUUUGUUGUGCCAACAACGCGACAAUCGCUGUCAUCUUCGCGCAGGCAGGACGGAAUUCCGAUGUGACGGAGCAACACACCUACAAAAGCCACAGGAACGACGCUGCUUGCAGUGAACAAGUUUUGACGGCGCGAAGUCAACGAUCUGGACUCUGAGCCUUGCAUGACUGCAAGUGCCGCUUAUGAGAUCACCAGAAAGCUUUAGGAUCCGCAAUGGAAAAAGCCUAAAACAACCUGAAGAAGAGCAGCAGUUCCUUCCCUUCCCACCACCAUCGCUCAUGGCCACUUUGCGUCGAUUUAGCUCCGAGGGAAACCUCCUGGACAUCGAUUUCUUCCCGUGGAAGAAGCACAACAUUCAGCGGGAAUCUGGCGUAUACGCAAACUGCGUCGAGGCCGACGGAGAAGCCGUUCCCGUCAUUCCGGAGCCGUGUCAAGAUGGGAAGAAAGUGCUGAGCAAGGAGCACAGUAUCAGCGCCGAGAACCUGAGAGACUUGGAGAAAAAGAACAAGCACCUCCUUGAAGUGUGCGCCAUCGGUGAAGGCUACAGGGCCUACAGUGACGGCCAAUUGGCCCCUGGUGCAAAGGGAAGCACCGAAAGUGUAGAAAAAGAUCAGACGGACGGAGAAGUGAGCUCAUCAUCGUCAUCCUCCCUCAAAUCCCAGCAUCGGCACCAGCGCAGGGCCAAACUGACAGCUGCCAAACUGCAUCUCAAGAGUCUGUUUGGCCAGAGUCCCCAUUCAUCAAACUCCAACCUUUCAAACACGGAACACAAAGACAGUGCCAAAGAGAGGCGCUCGCGUUUGCUCUUCAUGCGUCAAUGGAGCCAGGUGGGCCUCAAUAAGAAACACAAACUAAGUCGAGAGGAAAUGGAAAAAUGGGCCCAGUCCCUGGACUACCUGCUCGCCAGUCAGACCGGGCUCUCGGUGUUUGGCGCGUUCCUGCGUUCCGAGUUCAGUGAGGAAAAUCUGCAGUUCUACCUGGCCUGUGAACAGUACCGACAUUCGUCAACCAACUUCAGUCUGCAGAGAAGGGCGAAGGACAUCUGCGCUACCUACAUCCAGCCGGGUUCGCCUCGGGAGGUGAACUUGGACAGCAAGACGAGAGAUCUGACCAUCCAGCUGCUGCAGGCUCCCUCUCACACGUCUCUGUCCCUCGCACAGAAGCGCAUCUACUCGCUCCUAGACACGGACUGUUAUCCCCGCUUCCUCCAGUCUACCGUCUACUUAACGUUACUAGGGGAGGCCGACGAGCAAUGAUGGUUUUUCUUAUUUCCGGGAUUUCCUCAAUACAGACAAAAAUUAGCCACACUGAUGAGAAAAAGUUAAGAAUGAAGUCGUGGUGUCAUAAGAAUAAAGUUGUCAUAUUAGCAGAAAAUAAUCAACUUAUUCAUGAUGAGCAAAUCAAACCCCUAAAAUGUGAUUUUUAUUUCCCCAAGUUGUGAUUUUUUUUUUACAUGGCAGUCUUCGGGAUGUUUAUUCUUGUAAUGUUACUUUUUUUUGCAGGCUUAUAUGUCAAAGCAUCAUUUUAGCUGUCUCAAGUGACUAGCCAAGCCUAUCUGACGUCAAAGAGGCUGUCUAGAUGCUGCACUUAUAUUAAAUACGUGGGUAGAGUAGCCACCGAUUUGACUCAAGUGAGAGGAGUAAUAUUAUUUUGAAGUAACACUAAAGUCAAAGUUGUCCUCCAAAAAAUGUUCUCAAGCACAAGUCAAAAAGUAUUCGGUGAAAAGAAUACUCGAGACAUGAGUAACUGAAUUAUUUUUUCAAAACAAUGGUACUGUAGAUAUUUUUUUCCUCGUCUUUAUGAAGAGAAUCAACCCAAUUAAAGAAAUUAGCCCAAAGAUGUCACAUUCUAACCUACAACCCUAAUAAACAUUGCAUCAAUUUCUCAUAAUAGACAAACUCCAGCAUUUGUUGUCGACCAACAUUGUUUCUAAAACACUUGCUGAAUGGUGACUCGUUUCCUAAAGACGUUUCUUUUUGUUGGAAAAAGAAGCACUUAACAAUUUCCGUGACAUGUGAAACGACGCAAGUCCUAAUCAUUAAACAGUCAAUCUUGGCCAGUUGUCUUUUGCCGGUGGAGAGGAAAAACAGGUUUAGCGAGAACAUAUCCUCGGCGAGAAUGUCGUUCUAUUUGAAUCAUACUGACAACCGUUCCUAAAGUUCUCCUGCCAAAAUGCACGUAAAGCGCAUUCUCUGCUAUUUGGCAGGCAUUUAAAUGAGUCAUUUAAACAUUUGGUCUCCGCUCAAGAGUGAGUCACUCUGGAUAACUGCCACAGGCCCUGUCACCUCUGUUUAUAUACGAGCUAAGAAAGGUUUCUCCUUUUGACAAGAUGCAAUUCAUCAUUUGAAGUGGACGCCCACAUACAGUACGAAAAAGCCAGUUUCAUUUUCCUAGUGUUUUUAUGACAGUCAGAUCAUAUCUAAAACACUCCAGUUUUUUCUUGAGCGUGAUAGCCAUAGACAGCGAUUGGGGAUAGGGCAGUGCUCCCCUGGUGGCUGAAAAAUGUCAAGGCAUGUAAUAGACUUUUUUUGACAUGAGGCUAAAUCUUCGAGUUAGCGGGGGUUUAAUUAGUCGGUGAAGUUGAUUUCAACAAAUUCCGUGCAAUUUGUGGGUAGGUUAGUUUUUGGGCCCCCGAGUGGCUAAGCUAGCGCGAGUCAAUGGCGCCUGCUUAGCAUACCAAUAAAAGACAACAACAUAUGCACGCAGUAGAAUCACCGACGACCCAUGCAAUCACUACUCUUGGCUAUGUUUUCAGGAUAAAGUCAUUAAAACUUUCCAUUAUAUUCCAAUAAUUGUAAUAUGAACAGCAACAUUUGUAAUCCAGCAGCUCUGCAAGGAACAUGCUGUCUAGGCAAGCAGGGCGGAGUGAUAUCACAUCGUUUUUUUCACCACAGAUUUUUUUUUUUUUUGGGGGGUGGGGGUUGUUCAAGAUUCAAGGGACUACCCAGCAGACUGAGCACGAGUGGUCAAAAUCGCUCUUACGUAUUGUCGUCGCAUUACGCAUAAAAAAAAAAGAAAAAGCCCUGCAGAAUAAAAUGAAUUGCAUCAGUUUGGUUUGACAUUGUUUUGACCACAUGAGUAUUUUGAACAAUGAUCUGCAUUUUGAAUUUAUUUGACCAUGUUAGAUCUGUUAACAUCAUUUUUUUAUUGGCAUGCUAAGCACGCACCAUUGACUCACGCUAGCUUAGCCACUCCGGAGCCCUGAAACUAACAAAUAAAUGACAAACUGCACGGAAUUUGUUGAAAUCAACUCCACCGACUAAUUAAACCCUCACUAACUCGAAGAUUAAGCCUGAUGUCAAAGAUUCUGAACUACUGUCCCUUUAAAAUAAAGACCAAGCUGUUAAAAUGUUGUCUAUAAAAGUUUUAACGUAAUAAAACAAACAAAAAAGAAUGAAAUGAAGUAUUUCAUCAUGGCUCCAAAUGAUUUUUUCGAACAGAUCAUGUGACUAGCACCUUUGCUUAGCCAACACUACAUCUGAGGAGGCAAGAUGGAUAUUUCGAAACCUAACCUUAUAAAAGCUCCAAUAACAACUGAGCUUGUACACGAUGUGUCUGUAUAUAUAUGUUAAAUUUGUUGCUGGCACCGCGUUUCGGCCACCCUUCAACAGAAGUGAAAGUCUUGAUUUUUCCUGUCAUACACCAAGAUGAUGAAUUUGAAUGAAACCAACCACAUGCUUGACAUGUAAAAUUUAAAUGACUGAUCUACAGUACUUGGAUUGGAUACAAGCAAACAUUUUCCAAUGCUGUAAACGGUGGUGGUGUUAUACUUAUAUAGCACUUUUCCACCUUUCAAGGCGCUCAAAGUGCUUUACACUAUCUCACCAUCCACCUACUGGUGACGCAGCACAAGGAGCACUUAGACGAGUUCAUCAGGGCGAAGAAUCGAACC